AUGGCGAGGGGUCUAACAAUUUUGCUGUCCACGUUGGCUGUACUCCACUUCACCAGAGCUGCGUCUAACAGCUCCCUCAACCAGUUCCCGGAAGGUUUCCUGCUUGGAGCUGCCACCGCCGCCUAUCAGAUUGAAGGGGCCUGGAACGAGGAUGGUAAAGGCGAAAACAUCUGGGAUCAUAUGCUGCACGAACAUCCGGAAUACUCGAACAAUGGUGAUAACGGUGACGUAGCCUGCGACUCGUACCACAAGUAUGCUGAGGACGUCGAGGCUCUCAAAGGCAUCGGGGCGACUGCAUAUCGCUUCUCCGUCUCGUGGGCGAGGAUUUUGCCUACAGGAGACCUGGACGUGAUCAACCAAGCUGGCAUCGAUUACUAUAACAACCUCAUCAAUCUGCUCCUCGAGAACGGCAUCGAACCAAUGGUGACGAUGUACCACUGGGACCUGCCGCAAGCUCUGCAGUACAUCGGAGGCUGGCCCAACCCCAUCCUAGCGGACUAUUUCGUUGAAUACGCCAGGAUACUUUUCCAGAAUUUUGGUGACAGGGUGAAGUGGUGGAUCACGUUCAACGAGCCCGUGGCAGUCACGAGCGGCUACUCGAGCGUGGGCUGGCAGGCGCCCUCUCAGAAUGCCUCGGGCAUCGGCAACUACCUGGCGGCGCACACCCUCAUCCGCGCCCACGGGAAGGUCUACCGCCUGUACAACGAACAGUUCCGCGCCACUCAGAAUGGGAGUGUGGGCAUUACCCUUAGCACUGACUGGAAUGAGCCAGCGGAAGACACGGAAGAGUGUCGCGAUGCUCAGAGGCGAAAGUUCGAGUUUGAGAUGGGGUUGUACGCCCACCCGAUAUUCGUGGACGGCGACUACCCGGUCGUGGUCCGCCAGAGGGUGGACAACAACAGCGUGGCAGAGGGGCGGCCGAGGUCUCGUUUGCCCAGCUUCACCGAAGAGGAGAAGCAGUACAUCAAAGGGUCGGCGGAUUUCUUUGGGCUGAACAGUUACACGACAAGACUAGUCAAGCCUGGAGAGUGGGGCCUCUCACCUUCGUUGGAACGUGACAGCGGAAUUAUCAGUUUCUUCAACGAGUCGUGGCCAGAGAGCGCAGUACCGUGGCUCAGGGUGGUGCCAUGGGGAUUCCGAAAGGUGCUGAACUGGGUGUCUACAGAGUACGCAGGAUAUCCCAUCAUUGUAACGGAGAAUGGUUACCCCGACUAUGGAGAACUCGAUGACCAAGAGCGCAUCAACUACUAUGGCAGUUAUCUGGCUGAAAUGCUUAAAGCUAUCAACGAAGAUGGAGUGAAUGUAUUUGGGUACAUGACAUGGAGCAUCAUCGACAACCUAGAAUGGACUGCUGGAUUCUCGGCGAAGUUCGGCGUCUAUCACGUGGACUUCAACAGCACAGAGCGAACGAGGACUCCCAAGGCGUCGGCGAAUUUCAUUGGUGGCAUUUACAGGAACACGUCUGUUCCUGAGGACACUCUCAACCAGUUUCCCGAUGGCUUCCUGUUGGGAGCUGCUACCGCCGCCUAUCAAAUUGAGGGCGCCUGGAACGAGGAUGGUAAAGGUGAAAACAUUUGGGACCACAUGUUCCACGAGCAUCCGGAAUACACGAACAACGGUGCUAAUGGUGACGUAGCUUGUGACUCGUACCACAAGUAUGCAGAAGACGUCGAGGCUCUUAAAGGUAUCGGGGCGGAAGUAUACCGCUUCUCCGUCUCGUGGUCGAGGAUUUUGCCCACAGGAGACCUGGACGUGAUCAACCAAGCUGGCAUCGAUUACUAUAACAAUGUCAUCAAUCUACUCCUCGAGAACGGCAUCGAACCAAUGGUGACAAUGUACCACUGGGACCUACCGCAGGCUUUGCAGUACAUCGGUGGCUGGCCAAACCCGCUGAUUGCAGACUAUUUCGUCGAAUAUGCCAGGAUACUUUUCGAGAAUUUUGGUGACAGGGUGAAGUACUGGUUGGGGCUGUACGCACACCCUAUCUACGUCGACGGUGACUACCCGGCCGUGGUGCGGGAACGUGUAGACAACAACAGCAGAGCCGAGGGUCGACCCAGGUCUCGCCUACCCAGCUUCACGGAAGAGGAGAAGCAGGAAAUCAGAGGUUCAUCGGACUUCUUUGGACUGAACGCGUAUACGACAUCGCUUGUCAUGCCUGGAGAAUCGGGUACCUCACCUUCGUUGGAACUCGACAGCGGAGUCAUCAGGUUCUACAAUGAGUCGUGGCCAGUGAGCUCUGCAAUUUGGCUCAGGGUGGUACCAUGGGGAUUUCGGAAGUUGCUGAACUGGGUGGCCACAGAGUACCAGGGAUAUCCCAUUAUUGUAACGGAGAAUGGUUACGCCGACACCGGAGAACUCGAUGACCAAGGGCGCAUCAGCUACUAUGGAAGUUACCUGGCUGAAAUGCUUAAAGCUGUCAACGAAGAUGGAGUGAAUGUCUUUGGUUACAUGGCGUGGAGCAUCAUCGACAACUUAGAAUGGGCUUCUGGAUAUGCGGUGAGGUUUGGCCUCUAUCAGGUGGACUUCAACAGCACAGACCGAACGAGGACCCCCAAGGCGUCGGCGAGUUUUAUGGGAGACAUUUACAGAAACAGGACUGUCCCUGAGGAGUACUUCCAGUAG